GGGUAUCGUAAUUUAUACUUAUAUAUAUAUAUAUAUAUGAAUUGCAAGCGCACAUUUAUAUCAGAAAGAUAAAAGGAAACAAAGGAUAAUUUGUUGAAAUUCAAUAUGUCGUACGCCGAUAUCGAAUUUUUGGUAUGGUAUCGAUAUGAUAAAAUACCUUUUGAAAAUUUUGGUACAAUAUCCAGUGUGAUGUUUGGUAUACUUUUGAUAUACGGUACCGACCCUCCUUUUAGGUAUAUGUUGUGUUAAAUAAAACCACAUAAUCAUAAUAAUUUCGUACUUAUAGGUCUAUUGUAUUAAUACGCCCUAAAUCAAUGGUGUGUUGUAUUAUGUAUCAAACUGUCUUAUAUUGUGAUUUUAUAUGAUAUAUUUGUAUUAUAUUAAUAUAAAUUUUUAUCCCUUUGUUUUUUUACAUGGAGAUUUAAAAAUAUUAGUAUUAACCUUAUCUUAUUAGAAUUGGGUGUGGUAUAAAUAUAGUGAAAAAGAUUAAAUUGUGAUAUAAAACUAAUUUAAUGUGAUUUAUGUUUUAUCGAUGAAAUUGAGUUAAAGUUUUGUCUGUGCAUGAUGAGCCAUGUGCCCUGUUAUAAUUCUUGUUGUACGGGCGCUGUUACUGAAAAAAAUGCGGCGACCGUCGGCAGGCCCGGACUCCAAAAACCAGAAUCGAUCCAAACCAUUCACAUCAAGCGAUGAACGGCGGGGAUCCAUUCAGGCUCCGCCGUCCCGGAACCUUCCGAGAAUUCCUAGAUUGAAUAGAAAAUCCUUGGAGGUCACGAAUACAGAAUACUACAUUCAUGGACAAGUGAAAUCAUGGUCCCAUCCCAUGACUCCUAUUCUUUAACGACAUAAAGACAACACUAUCCUUCCAAAAACCCAUCAAGAAAGGCUGAAAGACCCAUUUAAUCCCCAUAGUCCAUUCGAAUUCUACUCGCCCAAUCUUUUAUCCUUCUCCUACAACAUCGACAAUGUCUCGACACGAACCCCACCCUCAUCACUUCAUCCUCUUCCCUUUCAUGGCCCAAGGCCACAUGAUUCCGAUGGUCGACAUCGCCCGGCUCCUCGCCGGCCGGGGCAUUUCCGUAACGAUCCUAACGACGCCCCAAAACAGCUCCCGAUUCAAGUCAGUCAUCGACCGUGCAGCCGCCGCCGGCCUCGAUAUCCAUUUCACCCAUCUCAAAUUCCCCUGCGCUGCGGCGGGGCUCCCCGACGGCUGCGACAAUUUUGACAUGCUCCCUUCGAUGGACGACGCGGCGAAAUUUUGCGUCGCUAUUGCCCUGCUGCAGGACCAGGUCGAGGAAGUGCUCCGGAGGGCUGAGCUGCCGCCGACCUGCUUGAUCUCCGACGGCUGCUUUCCUUGGACUACUAAUGUCGCUCGGAAGUUCGAUAUUCCGAGGAUCAUUUUUCACGGGACGAACUGUUUUUCGCAGGCGUGCUAUGCUGUGCUCGCCGACUGUAAUUUGUUCAAAUCGAAUUCGGAUUCGGAGUAUGUUGUGAUUCCGGGCCUGCCCGAUCGAGUCGAGAUAACGAAGGCUCAGUUCGAGGUUGCGAUGUUCCGGACAAGCCGCGAAUUGGUCGAAUUUUGGGAUCAGGUGAGGGACGCCGAAGACGGGGCGUUCGGAGUACUUGCAAAUACUUUCGAAGAGUUGGAACCGAAAUACAUUGAAAAAUACUCGACAACGAAAGGUAAGAAAGUUUGGUCGAUCGGGCCGGUUUCGUCAUGCAUUCACGAGGAAUUGGACAUGGCGGAGAGAGGCGGCCUGGCUGCAAUCGACGGCCACAGCUGUCUGAAAUGGCUCGACGGGCACGAAUUGGGGUCGGUAAUCUACGCAUGUCUUGGCAGCUUGUCGCGUGUGGCGACGGCGCAGCUCGUCGAGCUCGGGUUGGCUCUAGAAGGUUCCGGAAGGCCCUUCAUUUGGGCUGUAAGAAGCCCGCCGGCCGGGUUCCGGACCUGGCUGGUCAAGGAAAAGUUCGAGGAAAGAGUUGGGGGCCGGGGGGUUUUGAUCGUCGGAUGGGCGCCGCAGGUCGUGAUAUUGUCGCACCGAUCGGUCGGAGGGUUCUUGACACACUGCGGAUGGAAUUCGACGUUGGAAGGGAUAGCUGCGGGGACGGCGAUGGUGACGUGGCCAGUUCUUGGGGAGCAGUUUUUGAAUGAGCGGUUCGUGGUGGAUGUGGUUCGGACCGGGGUGAGGGUUGGGGUGGAGAAGCCGGUGGGGAUGGGGCACGAGGAGGAGGUCGGGGUGCAGGUGGACAUGCACGUGAUCAAGGGGGCUAUUGAGGAUGUGAUGGACGGUGGAGAUUAUGGGAAGGAGAGGCGGCGGCGGGCGGCGGAGCUGGCGGCAAUGGCGAAUGCCGCGGUGGCGAGUGGCGGCUCUUCUUGCCGGAAUUUGACGCGGUUUGUACGAGAUGUGUUGGGUUGUAAAGGUGAUAUGUAUAAUUGAUUGGUCUUGAGAUGGCCGGCGGCAACAGAGAUCUUAUCUCUCUGCAGCUGGUGUUACUGUUUUAAUAUUAAUUUAUAAUUAUUUUUAUUAAUAAAAUUUUAAAUUAUUUAUUAAUUAUAAUUUAUCUAAAUGUUUGUAUCUACUGUAAUAUUGACAAUUUAACUGGAAUGAA